AUAUAUGGAUACUCGCAUCGUGACAUGUCGCAAGAAUAGAAGUCGUAUCCUUUUACCCCUCCUCCUCGCGUGUAAUAUGAGCCGACUCCCUGAUAUAGCCCGCUUUCUUCUACGGUGCGGCGGCUAUUUUCGGCAUCGUCGUCUUGUACCCUCUCCAGGGUCCUAGGAUAAUCUUUUUUCGUUUUAGCUGCAUCUUCUGCUCGUAACUUUAACGCGAAUGUAUAUAUAUGCAAAAGGUGCAAGAAAGUGCAGCUAAAAAUUGACAUUGACUCGUGGAAAAUUCCGCAGCGUGGGCAAAGUUCGCGCGGACAUUAGUCACGCCUUGUGAUCACAGAUGAGUAAAUAAUCGAUGAGAUUCUAGAGGACGCAUGCGGGAGGUAUCGCUCCGACAUUAUUUGGUCGGAAGAUAAUUUUGAGGUUAUCAUCGACCGGAAUUCCCGAUAUCGGCGCUUCCAAGGAAUACUUUGAACGACAGGAGCAACUGCGGCCUGCGAAACAUGCACGUGUGUUCCACGCGUGUGCGAUCGUUCGACGGUUAUUUUUGGCCGCCUUGGUGAGUGUGUCAAAGGGCAAGGCUAGGCAGCCUCGAGAGGGCCGUUCUCCGGGAGCUCUGCCAGUUGGCUCUCGACUAUGCUACUCGACGGAUGAUAUACGCGAUAGCCGGUGACGCCUACCAGAGAACGACAGACGUUUCCGAAAGUCUCUUCUCGCUACGUCGUGACACAUCAUCGAUGAUAUCGUGAUACGUCGCGCUGAAAAAGUAAUAUAAAAAAACGCACGUCGCAUCGUCGGUGUUCAACUUGAAGACAGGCGUCUCGUCUUUUUCUCUUUUUUCUUUUUUUCUUUUUUUUUUUUUUUUUUUUUUUUUUUGCUUUGCUGUAAUAAUCGAGGACAUUAUGAGUAUACCGGAGGGCGUUGCAAAAUGCGUGGCCGUAUUAAAGGCGGUGGAUACAGACUCGGAGAAGUUUGCCGCGCUGUUUAUGGUCACCAAGCUCGUGGACGCCAAGGAUUGUACUCCCGCAGCCAAAAGGAUGCUCUUCGAAGCCAUCGGAGCGAAGUUCCUCAGAAAGUUGCUGUCUACCAAAAGCGUACCCAUGGACUGUCCGCCACAGGUAUACAAAUCUGUGGCAUUGUCCGUCCUUUCCGCGUUCUGCCGAGAACCCGAGCUGGCCUCUCAUCCGGAUAUGGUGGGACAUAUCCCGGCACUUCUCGAGAUAGUGUCGCAGGCUGACGAGGACGCGCCUGACGACACGCUAAUCAUCGUCAGUGAAGCCUAUACUUGCUUGCAAUGUAUCGCGCAACAUUCUCCUGGACAAAAAGCGUUGCUCGAGCAGAAAGCUGUUCCAAAGAUGUGCGACAUAUACGCGGAGAAGAGCUUUCAAACAGACGAGGCGUUGAAUAUCCUCGUCACGUUGGUCAACAAUUUCGGGCCGGAAGCCUGGGAUUCGACAGACACCGCACCUUUCCACACGAUAAUGAACAAAAUAGCCUUGGACUUCGAAACCGAUCACACGGAGAGGAAAUUCGAGCUGUGCACCAUCCUGCAGGCUCUAUUGCAAUCUUGCAGGAAGGAUGUGAUUUCUUUCCCAACCGCGAAGGAGGAAUCUUGGCCGCUAAGUAUUCACAAAGGCCUGAGCGAUAUUCUAGGAUCGAAAAUAAGCAAGAAGCAGCGCGAUCCAGCCUUGAAACUCACAUCUGUGAUGAUGGAUUUGUUGGGAGCGGAUUGGGCCAUGGCCGACAAGGAGAAACCAAAGAUUUAUUUCCUAUUACUCAUUCAAUUGGCAUCGAUCGAAGUCAGGAUGCAGUUGGAGGACAAACAGCUCAGGACUGUGGUCGCUAACGCCGAUUUGAUCACGGCAUGCUUUGUCAUUCUCGAGGUUUCGAUCAGCUACAUCGUUACGGAUCAGCUGGAUUUAGAACAGAAGGAAAAACAGUCAUUGUACACUGCCUUGAAGGGCGCCUUCGCGGCAGUUAUCGGUCUGUUAAGCUCCGUGUCGAAGAUGAAGGCGUUAACAGAUGUGAAAGAAAAGAUUUUUGUAUGCGCCCUUGUCCGGGUACUUACAGCUUGGCUGGCGCAAGAAACGAGCGCGAUGCGUCCUCAAGUUUACGCCGUGUUACCGUAUGUAUUGACGGUUGCCAACGAUACUUUUUAUGCUCAUCGAAACAGAAAGAUGGCUGAGAAGGCCAAGUCUAAGGCUAAAGCGGACGAAGGGACAUCGACCGGCGAACCGAUCGUUCAUGAUCCAAUGAGCGAGGUCGACAUACUGAGAUUGCUGUUGCCCGCUUUAUGUUAUCUGGCCGUGGAAGAAACCGCCAGGAAAAUUCUCCUUCAGCACAAGCAGGACGAGGUUCUGUUCGAGUGCCUAUCUUAUCAUUGGACUAUCGUGCACUAUAAGAAGCCACCGGUGCCGAGAUCGGAGCGUCUAAAACUUCUGCAAGAUGGAAAUCGUACGGAAGAGCUGGAUUUGCAUGUUUUGGAGGAAAUGAAGGACUCCAGAACCGCGAUGGUGUCCAUCUGUAACGUCCUGAUGAACAUCACCGUGCUAGAAUCCAAGUUGGUAGAAGAGUCGCCGACGUUCGUCUCACUGCUGAAGUUCAUCUACAAUAAUCUGCCGGAGUUGAAACAGAUCCCGGAGAAUCUCGUGCUGCACGGUCACUUGGCAGUUCUAGGUCUAUUGCUGAUGAAGCAACAGGCGAAACGUAUUAAGAAGAAUGAUUUCUCCAUAUGCCGUUACAUUCAGGCCACCAUAAGAUUCUUGUGGGAUGCGUACAUCAUCGAUGAGAGCAACGACCCUACCGAGCUUGUAGUCUCCAUGUCAUACAAGGAACACUGGAUGGAGUUGAUGGAACUCUGGUUUCUGGGUAUGCAGACGAUGGCUGGUGUGUUGCAAGUGAUACCUUGGCUGUCGCAGUUCACGGUAGAGUCCGGCUGGGUGGAAGACAUCAUUGAAACGCUGAAGCGAGUGAGGAUCGGUGGUCUGGAGCCGAACGUCAAGUCCGCCUUCGAGGAUCUGCUAUGCCACUUGGAAAAGGCCGACGACAGCGUCGCGCCGGUGCUGAAAAAGAGCGGCGCGUUAAUCGUCUGUCGGAAUCAUCGCAUGAUGGAGCUUGGAAAGCGUCUUUUCGGGGAUUAAAACUGAAAAUGUUACUAUUACGUAGCUUUUAUUGAUUUUUGUAUUGCGCGAAUAAUGUAAAAAAAUUUUAUAUAACAUUGGAAUUAAUCAAUCGAGAGACGGACAUUUAAUUCAACUUUUGUACAAAAAAGUAGCUUUGUAAGUAGCUUUUCUAAUAUUUUGCGUUUAUUUGAGUUUAGUAUUAUAUCUAUCUCUCGCUUCGAAAUACGUAUGCGUACAUAGUCCAGUGUAAAUUUAGACAGCAUCACGUCUGGAAAUAGUUUCCUGGCAAGCAAGAAAGAAACGUCUCAUUUGACUUCGCGCAUAUACGAAGCAACGUGUCCGCGGGUGCCACUUCGAGUGUCCACUAAUCGGCUCGAGUAUUUCAAUGAAUCAAUGCAUUUUCUAGCUUGCUGAGGAAUUGACACGGGAUUACGGCAUCCCGGAAGACGUAUCUGCCAAGAUAACAUCCGCAUAUCUGAAGCAAUUCAGAAAAUGUCCGGACAACGCAACUCUUACUCUGGAUGCUUGGCGCACCAUUCUCUGG